AUGAAGUUCACAAUCCUCAGCACCUUGAGCCUGCAGCUCCUUGCCGCAACAGCAUGCCUCCUCCCAUCUGAGCGGCCAAGCCACUACGGCAACAAAACCCCCAACAACAAGCUCCGUCUCGUGACCCGACAAGCGUCAGGUAGCAAUUCCACGCAGCCUCAAACCCAGCCCGUGGGCAACACCGACACCGGCAUGCCCAUUUCGCCCAUCAACCGCUUCCCCUGCGGCGGCAGCUCCGUCCCGCGCGGUGUCGGCAGUGUCGACGACCCAUCUCCGGUCGAGGAGAUCAUGAGUCUGUCCGAGAUCAAAACCGCCGUCAAGGCGCUCGAGGCCCGCUUCGACGACGUUCACUUCUUCGAGAUGCCGUACCGCACCUACGAGAACAGGACCCUCUUCGGCGCGCGCAUCGGCGGCGGGCGGCAGGGCGCAAACAGCAGCAGCAGCAGCUUCGACGGCAGCGCCUAUCGCGUGCUCAUCCAAGCCGCCAUCCACCCGCGCGAGCGCGGCAGCCCCGACCACCUCGUCUACUUCGUGUCCGACCUCCUCUGGGCGCGCGAGGAGGGCCGCGGGCUGCGGUACGGCGGCAGCGCAUACACGGCGGCGCAGGUCUCUGCCGCUCUGGACCUGGGCAUCGUGGCCGUCCCCGUCGUGAACCCAGACGGCAUGGCCCACGACCAACAGGCGCACACCUGCUGGCGCAAGAACCGCAACCCUGCCGCCGCCUCGCCUUCCGACCCGCGGUCCGUCGGCGUGGAUCUCAACCGCAACUUUGACCUGCUGUGGGACUACCAGCGGACCAUGGCGCCUGGCACCAUGGACGGGUCCGACGACCCGGGCAUGGAGUACUACCACGGCGCGGCCGCCUUCUCCGAGGCCGAGACGCGCAACGUCAAGUGGGUCAUGGACCAGCACCCGCGACUGGCCUGGUACAUGGACCUGCACUCGGCGGCGCAGGUCGUGCUGCACGGCUGGUGCCACGACGCCGUGCAGGCCGACGACCCGGCCCAGAACUGGAAGAACCCGGCCUACGACGGCAAGCGCGGCACGCUCUAUGACCCCGAGAUCGACUACGCCGAGUACAUGGACCGCCGAGACUGGGACGCCCUGUCGGUGACGGCCGCGCGCAUGGCGUCGGCCAUGCAGCUGACCAAGGACGAGGAGCACGCCUGGUCGUCGGACCCGUACGUGGCCUCCCAGGGCGUCCUGGGCUUCGGCCCGUCGACGGGCUGCUCCAUCGAUCACGCCUAUAGUAGGCACCUGGAGGAUGCGACCAAAAGCAAGAUUCUUGGUUUCGGGUUCGAGUUUGGCGAGUUCAACUUUGACUUGUCGCGCGAAGACUGUCCAAUUGAAGAGUGCUGUCCGUUUUAUCCCACUGUCAGCAUCUUCAACCAUAACAACAAGGCGGUUGCUGCAGGAUUGAUGGAGCUUUUGAUGGCAGCAGACAGAGCAUUGUAG